ACGUAUAGACUCGGUUGCUAAGCUGCAGUAGAGAGCAAACAGCCUGUCAACAGGCACAAGUGUGGACUCGGAACCUCCUGGAUCCGGUUUAACCCGAACAGCGGUACCGCUGCGUCCCGCAGACCCAAACCGGGAGGAGGACUCGUCAGAACCGGUCCACUUUGCUCCGGUUCGACCGCUAGCUAGCAGUUGCUAACCAGCUGGUUACCCUCAGGAGGAAGAGGCUCCAUGGACAGGUCCUCAUGAUUUAACUCGGAACCGUUUGUCCCAAUAUGGCUGCUGCCAGCAGCACCAAGAUCUCGUGGCGCCUGCAGGAGUUCGAGGCCCACUCCAGAACCGUGUCCUGCCUGUCUCUGGGGAAGAACUCGGGCCGCCUGCUGGCCACCGGGGGCGAGGACUGCCGCGUCAACAUCUGGGCCGUCAGCAAGGCCAACUGCGUCAUGAGCUUGACAGGUCAUAAGAACCCGGUGGAGUGUGUCCAGUUCAGCGUGUCAGAGGAGCAGGUUGCAGCUGGUUCCCAGUCAGGAUCCAUUCGAGUCUGGGACUUGGAGGCCGCCAAGAUUCUGCGGACUCUGAUGGGACACAAAGCGAACGUUACCGGUCUGGGCUUCCACCCGUUUGGAAACUUCCUGGCCUCCAGUUCCGUGGACACCAACAUAAAGCUCUGGGACGUCCGGAGGAAAGGAUACGUGUUUCGCUACAAGGGUCACACAGAGGCUGUGAGGAGUUUGGCCUUCAGUCCGGACGGGAAGUGGUUAGCUUCAGCUAGCGACGACUGCACCGUGAAGCUGUGGGACCUGUUCCAGGGGAAAACCAUCACCGAGUUCAAGUCGCACUCGGCGGCCGUCAGCGCCGUCCAGUUCCAUCCCAACGAGUACCUGCUGGCGUCCGGCAGCGCCGACAGGAGCAUCAAGCUGUGGGACCUGGAGAAGUUCACCAGGGUGGGCUCUCUGGAGGGAGACACGUCGGCCGUGAGGUGCCUGCUGUUCAGCCCGGACGGCUCCUGCCUUUACAGCGGCGCCUUGGACUCGCUGCGGGUUUUCGGCUGGGAACCGGAUCGAUGCUUCGACACGGUUCCGGUCGGCUGGGGAAAAGUGUCGGAUCUGGCCGUCUGCAACCAGCAGCUGAUCGGCGUGUCCCACCAGCUGUCCAGCGUCUCGUCCUUCGUGGUGGACCUGAAGCGGGUGAAGCGGAGCGGUGGCGCCGUGAUCCAAGGCAUCGUCCGGGACGACCAGCCGCUCACCGAUCCGGCGGAACCCAGAGCGGCGGCGCUGCGGCGCAACUACGACAGACCCGCCGCCUGCAGCUCCCACAGGAUGAAGCGCUCGGACACCGAUAGGCGGAGCCCCGACGGAGAGAGGCGGAGCCAGAGCGAGGACGAGGCGGAGGACAAGCAGCCGUCAGCAGAGAUCCACAACGCCGACGACUACAGAGAGAUCUUCCAGCCCAAACACGCCAUCUCUCGAACUCCUCCCAGGAUGUCGGAGCCGUCUGCUCCUCCUGAAGACGAGAGCGUGGCGGCCGUCGGCCGGCAGCUGAAGGACAUGAUGCUGCCGUCUCCUGACAAGCAGCAGGCUCCGCCCCUCGCCACCUCCACCCCCGUCCAGAGGGUCGAACCCACAGUGGUCGCCUUCCCCAAGCCGUGUAGCUCCGCCCCCAGCAGCCAGCCUGCCCCGCCCACCAGGCCGCCGCCGUUGCCACGGGUGAUCCCAAGCAGCCGCAACGAGCCGCUGGGACUCAACGUGGCCGACUUCCUGCCGUCCCCAGUCGGCCACCGGGGCGGCGCUCUCACCGACGAUGGCGCUCUGGCACAGAUUAACAAAGGUCACGACACCAUGUGCGUGAUGCUGAGCAGCCGCCAGCGCAACCUGCAGACGGUCCGUUCCGUCUGGACCCGCGACGACGUCAAGAGCGCUCUGGACGCCGCCGUGUCCAUGAACGAUCUGUCCAUCGUAGUGGACGUCCUGAACAUCGUCAACCUGCAGCCCUCCCUAUGGAAACUGGACCUGUGCACCACGGUUCUCCCUCAGAUCGACAAACUGCUGCAGAGCAAAUACGAGAGAGGUGAGACACAGCCAGAACCAGAACCAGCUGUUGGGUCUGGGUCAGAACCUGAGUCUGGUUCUGUUUGCAGCUACAUGCAGACCGGCUCCACGUCGCUGAAGCUCAUCAUGAAACAUUUCUGGUCUCUGAUCUGCGAUACGCUCAGGGCGUCGCCGGCGGUGGGGGUGGACAUCACCUGGGAGGAGCGGCACCAGAAGUGCCGGGAGUGCCGUCGCUACCUGAAGAACCUGAGCAAUGUGGUGAAGAACCGGGCCGGCCAGGCCGGACGCCAUGGCAGCGCCUUCAAGGAGCUGCAGCUGCUGAUGGCGCCGCUGGAGGAGGCCUUGUGACCCGUUCUGGACCCGAUCAGAACCGCUUCGGACGGAACCAGCAAUGUUUUACUGUUUCAAUGUUGGAUAAAGCUCCAGAACCGGGCCGGAGCUCCAGAACUGGGUCUGUUCAGUUUGUUUUAUUUCUGCGGUUCAAACUUUUUCUAAUUAAAUCAUUUCCAGAACGUCAGAAGAACCUUUGAAUUAAACCGGAUCAGAACCGUUUGGCCCGGUCCGGAGCCGUUGGCUCUGACAGCAGAUCAGAACCGCUGCACCCGAAGGCCCAGGAACCCAAAGCGUUGCAGCAUGCUGCCAGCUGAUUGGCUUGUUAUGUACGAAGCUGCUCCAUCAUUGGACGGCAGCAAUCGGCCGGCUCUUCUGAUUGGCCGAUAGAGCUGCGAAAGGAAAACACUGGAAGCUCUGCAACUGAAGAUUAAUCUGGAUUAUUACUUCAUAAACUGUAAUCCCAGAGUGGGAAUCUGAUUCUCUCAGGUUGUUUAUAGAAAUUCAAAGUUUGUUUUUUUAACUAUUCUGACAAAAAGCUGCUGCUGACAGCGUCCAGGUGUCUCACCUGUCCAGGUGUCCGUCUCUCCCACGAACCGCUGACCUGGACAGUUUAGUUUUAUUUUGCAUAA